GUUUUUCCUACGGCAAGAAAACGCAUGCAAAUACGAUAAAACGACAUUCCAAAAUCGUGAACAAACAAUAGACGCGCAACAGAGUCGGGGAAAAUGGCAGGAGCAACAGCGGCGGAGGAGGGAGAGGGAGUAGGGGUUGUGGCGGACUCAAAAGAUUUAAUGCAGCAGAGCAAGGCUCUCGAUUCUCUCACCGACCAUGUCGAAGACCGUCAGCUCGACUCCAAUCGAGUCCACCAGGCAAUGGCAUCAAUAGCAGCGGCAGCAGAGGCAGAUCGAAAUGCAAUGAGGAUGAGAGAAAAAGAAUUGGCAGCAGUUAAGAUUAAUGCAGCUGAUGUGGACAUAAUUGCAAAUGAGCUUGAGUUGGACAAGAAGGUAGCGGAAAUGAAACUCAGAGAGCAUAAGGGUGAUGCUAUUGCAGCUGUACGGUCUUUGCUUGAUUAAUAAUCUGCUACAUGGUCUCUUAUUAAAGGUCGUAUUAGAGUGGCGGUUGAUUUCAUAGAGAAAUUCAUCUCGUCUUUAUGAGAAAUUGCAUGCUUUACCUUGCACUUUAGAGAAAGCAAUGAAAAAUUUGGCACUGGUUUAUAUAUUGUUGCUUGCAUAUAGCAGGCAUUGGCAUUGGUUUUAACUGUACUGUACCAGGCCCGUGCUUUCUUCAGAACAUAAAGUUAAAAAAGAGAGGAUUAACGGUAUUAAUAAUAGAAGAUAAGGUAAUUGGGUUAUUUUUGGGUUAUUUUGAGUGAUGUAUGUAUGCAAUCUUGGAAAAACUAUCAUAAAAGAUGACAUGGAAUGUAUUUAGUAAAUAUGUAGUGUCUAUAUCGUCAGCGAGUAUAGAAGGCCGUUUUUCUUUUACAAAUGAUUGAAAUAACAAGUGUGCUGAUGUAGAAUGAAGUCCGAACUAUUCCAAUCCAAAGUUGAAGCUUGGGUUCUA